AUGAGAACCUGCGGAAUUGUUGGCACAGGCCCAAGCAUCUUUUACUUCUUCGGUGCCACGACAACACAAGCCCAGGAAAAUUUCCAAGAUAAAUUGAAUCCAAAGGGCGUGAUGUAUAACGAUGCCCUGGACAGAAAAUACUUUAUAAAGGUGCUGGAAGGCCGGGAGCAAUUCAAACUGGGUCAACAGAAUCGGAUGCAGGUCUUUCGAGACCGAUAUGCACAGGCUCUCGCAGAGGUGGCUAAGGAUGAGGUCUUUAUGGUCAUGCUCAAUUACAAUGGCGAGUUCGGGGGCACUGGGAUCUAUCAGAAUUCAAGGGAAGGCGAACCUGCCAACGUUUGGACCAAAAUUGAACUUCCCACCUUGCGAAAAAAUAGACAGGUCAGGAAGAUCACCUCUGUUUCUGUUAGCGACGGUUAUAAACACCAUGUCAACUGGCAGCCCGGCAAAGGGCGGGUUUUGCCGUUCCAAGAUACCCGCCAAACCCCUGUCCCUGCCCCCCAGCCCGGCAAAAGGGAUGCCAACCAGUGCACAUUGGACGAGACCAAGGACAAUGAGGAGUGUGAAGAAUAG